AUGCAAUCAGCGUUCUCUCUUUCUUCAAUAUCAUCCUCAACAUCAAGUUAUUCAUCAACAUCGUAUGCAUCUCGCACUAUUCUCGAAGCUAAAGAUUUACCUUCAGCUGCACCUCGAUGUCGAUUCCAACUUCCAGUAAAUAAUAAGUCCAUGUCGAAAUGUCGUCAUCUCUUUCGUACUUGUCUUUCUUCAAUAUUAUCACCUCUUUCAUUACCUAUUCAAACAAAACUUUCAGAUUCAUCUAUUCGAAAACAAUAUUUUGCUAAAUUAUGUCAUCAUUAUCGACUAUUACUUGUUCUUAAUGAUUAUGAAUGUAAAUGUGGUUGUCAUUUUUCAAUGCGACAAGGUACUUUUGUUAUUUUAUAUGAAACAAGAAAUGAACUAUCAAUGUCGAAUAAAAAUAAACUUGUAACAGUUAUAUCAAAUGAAUUAGUAUGUUUGAAAGUUCCAUCUGAAUAUGUUUGUGAUAUUGAAUUGUUACGUGAACAUGUUCGUACAAGACAUUUUUAUAGUGAUGAUUGA